AUGAUUUCGAAGAAAGCCAAUAAGUUUAGUUAUUCGAAGGAAAUAGAAAACAUCGACAAUAUCGAAUAUUGUCCUUGCUGUGGAUUUCCUAUAAUUGAAUCACAACUAAGUUUUUGUUGCAAAAAUGAAGAGCUGGCUUUCAAUGGGGCAGGAGUACCAUUGUUCUUUGAAUUCAUGAUAUUUGUAUCUAUUUUACUAUCCUUGAAUUUCUUAAUAUCUGGGUUGUACAAUGCAUUAAAUAAUUAUAAGGGAUCAGAAUGUGAAAUUAAUUCUUCAGUCUGCAAAUUGAAUUAUUAUAACACUUACUCACUUACAAAUAGCUCUAGGUAUUUUCUCAGUUGCAAUGUUAGAACCCCUGAUGUUAUAUUGCUGGGAUUAGACAUUUGCAAUAUUUUGGUUAUGAUUGUCUUUUCAAUCUAUUACAGAAGACGCCUGAAUAUUAUAGCUGCAAAAAUCGAUGAGAAGAAUAUCUCCAUAUCUGAUUACUCUAUUCAAAUAAGUAAUUUGCCAUUAAGCUCAACCAAAUAGGAGAUUUCAGACUACUUUUCGGAAAUCAAAUUAAAUGGAUCUUCCAUUUCAAAAUUAAAUAUUGUAUAAAUUGUAUUAGGUUUUGACAUUUAAGAAUACUAUAAAUUAACUAAACUCAAAAUAGAAAAUGAAUUAAGAAUAACAUCAAUUCUAUCUGAAUAAUAAAAUCUUUCUAUGGGCUCAUAAACAUUAAAUCUAGAAUAACAAUUGGAUGAAAUCAAUACUAAGAUUAUUUAAUUCCAACAAAACCCUCAACUAUUUAAAUUUAGUGGCGUAGCAUUUAUCACCUAUAACACAUCGACUCAAGCUAAGUAAAUUAGGAAAUAUCAUACUCAAACCAAAUUCUAGUACAUUCUUUAAAAAUUACUGUUUUUCUAUCCUUUAGAAUCUACUAAGACAUUUCAAGGAAAGACACCUCAUGUGAUUAGAGCACCAGAGCCAGGAGAUGUAAUAUGGGAGAAUUUAGGUAUUAACCCUUUAAUUUAGUUUAAAUAUUAAAUUUUAACAAAUUUAGGGUCCUUGUUUAUCUUAGCCAUAUGUUUUGGAUCUAUUUUGGGUGUUUCUGUGUAUCAGGAUAAACUAAAUCAAUCAGACAAAAAAAGUAGAUCCACUUCGAUUGAAUUGUACAUAACAGUUUUUGGAUUAAUAGCUUCUUUCAUAAUCUCAAUAUUAAAUAACAUUAUGGGAUUGUUAAUCAAAAAGUUUGUAUCGCUGGAGUUGCAUUCAACCUAAACCGAAUUCAAUAUCAGUUUUGCUAAUAAAUUAGGCAUAGCUUAAUUUCUUAACACAGCCAUAAUUCCACUAUUAGUAAAUGUAGCAUUAAAUGAUCAGGAUAUAUUAACUUAAACUUGGAAAGAUGGAGGAUUAAUAUCCGAUGUUUGUUUAGUCUUGAUCAUGAAUGCAAUAUUCCCUUGGUUAUUUAAUAUAUUGGAUCCAUAUUACUUUUAUAGAUAAUAUUAAAUCAGAAAGUCAUAAAAUUAGGGAUAGACUUGUGCGCUAACAUAGAGAGAAGCUAAUUUACUUUUUGAAGGCUCGCCUGGAGAUUUAUCAAAAAAGUAUGCUACCAUAACAAAAACUUUAAUGCUAUCUCUAUUUUAUGCUCAACUCAUUCCAUUAGGGGUUUUAAUAUCUUUAAGUUUUAUCGUCAUAGAUUAUUGGGUUGAAAAAUACCUAUUAAUCUAUCGGUAUUCAAAGGGUCCAACAAUAGGCAGUUAAUUGGCUGAUGAAUAGGUGGAUACAUAUAUAGAGUUGGCAAUUUUGUUAUUCUCUAUAGGAAACUGCAUUUGGUAAAUUCUUUUAUAAAAUGAAAUCCAUUAUUUGGUUUGGUUUCAAUUGAGUUUAGGGAUUGCUCAAUAUUUAUUUCCAAUGGAUUAGAUAUUCGAUAAUUUUAUUAAGAUGGAGGAACCUGAAACGCAAUCAACGUUUGAGGAUAAUCAUAUGUAUAUAUGGGAUGAUUAUGGUAAACGAAAUCCAGUUACGAUGCAGAAUGAAAUCGAAUAAUGGAUUCUACAAAUAAGUAAGAGAAAAACGAAUAAUUUAUAAAAUAAGAAAAUGCUUAAAUAUUUCAAUAGGGUAAAUAAGCAACAGCAAAACAAAUAAAUAGAAUUAUAAGAAUCGAUUGCUAAUUCAUUAAUCACUUCUAAAUUUUUGAAAUUUUUAAUGAACAAAAGAUAAAUUUACCCUUUGCAUUAAGAGUUCAUAAACAAAUUGAAAACAAAAACUAAAAAUAAAACUGAAAGUCAAGAGUAAGCAAAUUAUUGUUAAACAAUAAAUUAAUCAAUUUAAGAAUUAUAGAUUUGA